CCUCCUUCCUCUCGCGAUUCUUGCGGCUCCGUGCGCCGGAAGUGAUCCUCUUGCGGUGGUCUGUCAGGACUAGAGCGUCAGGAGAAGGAAGAAAGGAAGGGCUCUAGUCGUGUUUGUGCGCCUGCGUGGGUCGGGACGUGGUGCUGUGAAGAGUGUAAAGAUUAGACUAAGAAAAGAAAAGAGGAGCCAUGUUUCGAAGACCUGUGUUGCAGGUACUUCAUCAGUUUGUAAGACAUGAGUCUGAAAUAGCUAGCAGUUUGGUUCUUGAAAGAUCCCUGAAUCGUGUGCAGUUACUUGGGCGAGUGGGUCAGGACCCUGUGAUGAGGCAAGUGGAAGGAAAAAAUCCAGUCACGAUAUUUUCUCUAGCAACAAAUGAGAUGUGGCGAUCAGGGGAUGGUGAAGAAUACCAAAUGGGUGAUGUCAGUCAAAAGACAACAUGGCACAGAAUAUCAGUAUUCCGGCCAGGCCUCAGAGAUGUGGCAUAUCAGUAUGUGAAAAAGGGGGCUCGAAUUUAUGUGGAAGGGAAAGUAGACUAUGGUGAAUACAUGGAUAAAAAUAAUGUGAGGCGACAAGCAACAACGAUCAUAGCUGAUAACAUUAUAUUUCUGAGUGACCAGACAAAAGAGAAGGUGUAGAAUGGACGAUUCUUCUUUGGCCGUUGUUUGACCCUCAUCUCCCACCUUUUUCUUUCUUGUCUGAAAUGUGGACAUUUCAUGGUUGAAUCUCCACUCACCAUGUUGGACCAGGAGGCGAUCUUUAGGAUGGAAGAUAGAAGAAGCUGCACUCUGUGGAACCACCACCAUUCCAGUCCUGGACAGUCUGCCUACAGACUGCAUUGGGAGCCACAAAUAAACCUCUGCUUUGUUUAAGACA